UACAAGGAAGUGUGAAGGUCCAUAUCAUAACAUUGACAAAACUGCAGCUGGAAUAUCAUAACUAAGUCAGAUUCUAAGUCUGAAAGUAGGACCAAUGCAAGGGUCACUUACCUGUAAGGUUUGAACAUCUCUUAGGAGCACUGUAGUGUGGGGAUUUUGGAUAAAAAUACUGAAUAAGUCGGUUAUAAUUUCCUGUUUGGAAGUCUUCUGUGGAUUUGUCCAAUGUCUUCGGGCUGUCCACCCCAAUCACCAGCUGUGGCGAAGUCUGAGGUCGUGGUUGAGGGAGAAUGCCCGCUUCUGGCUGCUACCUUCGCCUACUGGGAUAACAUCCUUGGUCCUCGUGUGCGCCACAUCUGGGCACCAAAGGGUGACCAGCUGAUGUUCCUCAGUGAUGGAGAGGUCACGUUUUUGGCUAAUCACACACUCAAUGGGGAGAUCCUACGAAGUGCAGAAUGUGGCGCUGUGGAUGUGAAGUUCUUUGUCCUGGCGGAAAAGGGCGUGAUCAUUGUGUCUCUCAUCUUUGAUGGUGAGCUGAAGGGGGAUAAGAACACAUGUGCCUUGUCUAUUAUUCUGCCUCAGACAGAGAUGGCUUUCUACCUGCCUCUGCAUACCGUCUGCGUGGAGAGGCUAAAGCAUGUUAUUCGCAAAGGACGCAUUUGGAUGCAGAAGGGCUAUAAUAUCAUCUCAGUGCUGAGCUUGGAGAUUGUCCCUAUCAUGGAGCUGUUGGCCUCAAUGAAAUCACACAGUGUGCCUGAAGACAUAGAUAUAAAAGACACUGUGCUAAAUGACGAUGACAUCGGGGACAGCUGCCACGAGGAUUUCCUCCACAAAGCCAUUAGCUCUCAUCUGCAGACGUGCGGCUGCUCAAUAGUAGUUGGAAGCAACCCAGACAAAGUAAAUAAGAUUGUGCGGACUCUCUGCCUCUUCCUCACCCAGGCUGAGAGGAAGUGCUCUCGCCUCUGCAGGGCCAACUCUUCCUUCAAAUACGACACUGGCCUGUUCGUUCAGGGUCUGUUAAAGGACUCCACAGGCAGCUUCGUCCUGCCGUUCCGCCAGGUGCUCUACUCGCCUUACCCAACCACGCACAUCGACGUCGACAUCAACAUGGUCAAACAGAUGCCACCGUGUCACGAGCACACGUACAACCAGCGGCGCUACAUGCGGUGUGAGCUGAGCGCACUGUGGAAGACGGACAGCGAGGACGAGAUCCUGCCAGACACAGUUAUCCACACCGAUGAGACUUUCACUCCUGACCUGAAUAUAUUCCAAGAUGUCUUGCAUAAUGACACUUUGGUCAAGUGUUUCAUAGAUGAGGUGUUCAUGCUGAAACCAGGCCUGUCCCUGCGGAGCACCUAUCUGGCCCAAUUCCUGCUGCUGCUCCACAGGAAGGCCCUCACUCUGCUCAAGUACAUCGAGGACGAAACGCAAAAAGGGAAGAAGCCGUUUCGAUCGUUACGUAACUUAAAGACGGAUCUGGAUCUGACGGUGGAAGGAGACCUGAACAUCAUAAUGGCAUUCGCUGAGAAGCUGCGAGCCGGACUUCACUCGUUCGUGUUUGGGAAGCCGUUCUACACCAGCAUGCAGGAGCGAGACGUCCUCAUGAGCUUUUGACUUCUGUCUCUCAUCUGCACUUUCGUGUUUUAGACAUUUUGUUGUUUUAUGUCGGAUUUGUUUUAUCGUUACACAAAAGCCUGUGUGUUAGGUUGAGGCUGUUGUGAACAAAAGUUUUAUUUUUAUUUUUUUCUGCCUUCGGUUUUGUGUUUCAGCCAAUACAGCUGUUUGUUAUUCCUGUUAUGAGCCAUUAGAGUCAUAUAAAUAUUUUCUUUAACAAGAGUAAGCAUAAUGAGUGUAACACUUUUAGAAGGCUUAUUCUGAGCUUGAUGAAUUAUUCAUGUACUCUAUGCCUUCUGUUAAUUGUGGCUCUGGCUUAAUUUAUGGUGUUUAAAAUUGGCUGAGGUGCCCACUCAGGCAUUUUCAGUUUAAUUUAAAAUAUGUAUUAAAAGAUGAGGUAUUAGUUUCUAUAUUACCUGUAUUAUACAACAACUUCAGCUGGCCUUUUAACCUCUUAAACUUUUGGAUGGCCUUUUUUUAUUUUCUAUUCUUUUUAAUUAAUUAUCGUGACCAGAAUGUUAAUGUUGCAGCUUGCUGGUGCCAAUAAAAAGUUGAAGUGUAUUUAACAGAAGAUAAAGACAAACACACUGUUAGUGAAAUGUUAUAAUGAUCCUUCCUAGCAGAGCAGAUGUGUGUAUUUAAGUGUUAUCAUUAAAUACAUUAUAUGCAAACAAUAGAUUUUUUUUUCCAUCACACAGCAGCAACACAUUUAUUUAUUUUUGGAUUAUUCCAUUUUACAGUGACCAUAAAUUUGUUUUGCUAUUUAGAUUUAUUUUAAAUAUUGUUUAUUUAGUAAUUUAUAAUAGUGGACAAGUAAACAACAAAACUAAGUUUCGUAUCAGUACAGAAGUCUGAUAAUACUGUCCCAGAAAGGUUGAAGUUUGACACAAAACCAGAAAAUAUGACUGUGUUUGGCAUUAAUUUGUCCACACUGUCUCCAGAAUUGUUGUAGUGUUGCAGUCUGUUUACUAUUAAUUUAAGGUGUUAUAAAUAAA